AUUAACAGAUUAAAAAAAAUAUUAAUAAAUAAACAUCCAAUUAAAAUAACAAUCAAAUUUUCUAAUAAUUUAAUAAAAAUGACUAAGGACUACAGCGAACUCUCUUUUGAAUUCCCCCCUUUUGAAUUUGGUGGUGAAAAGACUGAAGUAUUUAAGGCUCCCAUGAAAAGAAUACACAAAGAAAACAAGCAAUAAUCUCAAUUAACCAAGCUUAUUUCUGAACUUAAUGAAAUUACCUAAUAAAUAAGAAUUGAAUAAUAACUUAGAAGAAAAAGCUUCAUGUAAGCUAGAAGAUUCGUCCUCUUUAAGUGA